ACAUGUGGCUGUGCCACAUGUUUUCUGUGGCUGACAGAAGCAAUGGCAGCUAUGUGGGGCUUGCUUGUUUGUGUGCUGGUUGUUUGGAUCACUAAAGGCUCUAGUGUGCCAAUUGGUGGCACAGAUGAAAGACUUGAGAAUGGGCAGCAGAGGAGAGUUAGAGAAGCCUCUCCCAAUGAUAUCUCCAUAAAGAAAGCCCUUGCACUACUCCAGUCAAUGGAGACCAUGUUGGAGCAUAACACCAAUGACGUACAACUGGAAACCAAUGAAGUGGAAGCUGAGGCAUCAGUUGGCCACCUGAAACUUGUACAACAGAUCAAACCCAAAGAUGACAAACCCAUGACAAGCGGCAAUGUGACCAGUGUGACGACGGCGGCACCCAGCAUGGACCAGGGGCACAACGCUACAACGGCGGCACCCAGCAUGGACCAGGGGCGCAACGCUACAACGGCGGCACCCAGCAUGGACCAGGGGCGCAACGCUACAACAGCGGCUCCCAGCAUGGACCAGGGGCGCAACGCUACGACGGCGGCUCCCAGCAUGGACCAGGGGCGCAGCACUGAAACGUCGCCUGAAGGUGGUGCAGCCACUGUGGAAAAAGUGGGCGAAGUUGAAAACCCAGAACCAUCAGACUCAGAUGGUGACAUUUAGAGUCAAUGGAAAAAGUAGGGAACAGGUAUGGGGUUCCAUGCAAGAGUUAAUUUUUGCAUCUACAGAUGUUUGUUUCUGCAUGUACCUGCUAUUGGCUCUACUUUAAAUAAAACUCUAAAACUGA